AGUCCGGGUCUUGGCGGGGCCCCUCCUCCCUCCCGCUCCCCGCGCUCUCGCCUUUUAAUCAUGCCCCUCUGUCUGUGUGUGAGUGCAGGCAGGCUGACAAUGAUUUCCUCAGUGAUUACGUACAGAGCGAGUCCCUGCGGGUUAGGGGCCCCCUCUGGAGCCAUCCUGAUGGCUUUGGGGGCCUUGCUUCCAUUUUCCAUUAUUAUGUGGACUACCGGAGCGACAGCGCAGUCCAAGACCUUGCAGGAUGUCUCGCCGCAAGCAAGCGAAACCGAGAUCCCUCAAAGACCCCAACUGUAAACUUGAAGACAAGACUGAAGAUGGAGAGGCUAUAGAUUGUAAGAAGAGGCCGGAAGACGGGGAGGAGUUGGAAGACGAAGCUGUGCACAGCUGUGACAGCUGCCUGCAGGUGUUUGAAUCACUGAGCGAUAUCACAGAACACAAGAUUAAUCAAUGUCAGCUGACAGAUGGAGUGGAUGUUGAGGAUGACCCCACCUGUUCUUGGCCUGCUUCCUCACCUUCCAGCAAGGACCAGACUUCCCCCAGCCAUGGAGAAGGUUGCGAUUUUGGGGAGGAGGAGGGUGGCCCUGGACUUCCAUAUCCCUGCCAAUUCUGUGACAAGUCGUUUAGCCGCCUCAGCUACCUAAAACACCAUGAGCAGAGUCACAGUGACAAACUGCCUUUCAAAUGCACCUACUGCAGUAGGCUGUUCAAACACAAGCGGAGCCGAGACCGCCAUAUAAAGCUCCACACGGGGGACAAGAAGUACCACUGCAGCGAGUGUGACGCCGCCUUCUCCAGGAGUGAUCACUUGAAGAUCCACUUAAAGACUCACACGUCCAACAAGCCAUAUAAAUGUGCCAUUUGCCGCCGCGGCUUCCUCUCGUCUAGCUCCUUACACGGACAUAUGCAAGUUCAUGAGAGGAAUAAGGACGGCUCCCAGUCCGGGUCCAGGAUGGAGGACUGGAAAAUGAAGGACACUCAGAAGUGCAGUCAGUGUGAGGAAGGCUUUGACUUUCCAGAAGACCUCCAGAAGCACAUUGCCGAGUGCCACCCCGAGUGCUCCCCAAACGAGGACCGGGCAGCCCUCCAGUGUGUCUACUGCCCCGAGCUCUUCGUGGAGGAGACCUCGCUCCUGACCCACAUGGAGCAGGUGCACAGCGGGGAGAAGAAGAACUCGUGCAGCAUUUGCUCAGAAAGCUUCCACACCGUGGAGGAACUGUACAGCCACAUGGACAGCCACCAGCAGCCGGAGUCCUGCAACCACAGCAACAGCCCUUCUCUGGUCACAGUGGGCUACACCUCCGUGUCCAGCACGACUCCCGAUUCCAACCUCUCCGUGGACAGCUCGACCAUGGUGGAAGCUGCCCCGCCGAUCCCAAAGAGUCGAGGGCGCAAGCGGGCCGCUCAGCAAACCUCUGACAUGACCGGCCCCUCAAGUAAACAAGCAAAAGUCACCUACAGCUGUAUUUACUGUAACAAGCAGUUAUUUUCAAGCCUCGCGGUUCUGCAGAUUCACCUGAAAACUAUGCAUCUGGAUAAGCCAGAACAGGCCCACAUCUGUCAGUAUUGCCUGGAGGUGUUGCCUUCGCUCUACAACCUGAAUGAACAUCUGAAGCAAGUGCAUGAAGCUCAGGACCCGGGGCUGCUCGUCUCCGCCAUGCCUGCCAUUGUGUACCAGUGUAACUUCUGUUCCGAAGUUGUCAAUGACCUCAACACUCUUCAGGAGCACAUCCGGUGUUCACACGGGUUUGCCAACCCCGCGGCUAAGGAUAGCAACGCGUUCUUUUGUCCCCAUUGCUACAUGGGGUUCCUCACUGACUCUUCCCUUGAAGAGCACAUCAGGCAGGUCCACUGUGACCUCAGUGGUUCCCGAUUCGGGUCUCCCGUGCUUGGGACGCCCAAGGAGCCAGUAGUAGAAGUGUAUUCCUGUUCCUAUUGUACAAACUCACCAAUAUUCAACAGCGUUCUUAAACUGAACAAGCAUAUCAAGGAGAACCAUAAAAACAUUCCCCUAGCCCUGAAUUAUAUUCACAAUGGGAAGAAAUCGAGAGCCCUGAGCCCCCUGUCCCCUGUGGCGAUUGAGCAGACGUCUCUGAAGAUGAUGCAGGCGGUGGGCGGCGCCCCUCCACGUCCUGCAGGGGAGUACAUCUGCAAUCAGUGUGGUGCUAAGUACACAUCCCUCGACAGCUUUCAGACCCACCUCAAAACCCACCUGGACACCGUGCUCCCGAAACUGACCUGCCCCCAGUGUAACAAGGAAUUCCCAAACCAGGAGUCCUUGCUGAAGCACGUGACCAUCCACUUCAUGAUCACCUCAACCUACUACAUCUGUGAGAGCUGUGACAAGCAGUUCACGUCGGUCGACGACCUGCAGAAACACCUGCUGGACAUGCACACCUUCGUCUUCUUCCGCUGCACUCUGUGCCAGGAGGUUUUCGACUCGAAGGUGUCCAUCCAGCUCCACCUGGCCGUGAAGCACAGCAACGAGAAGAAGGUCUACCGGUGCACGUCAUGCAACUGGGACUUCCGCAACGAGACGGACCUGCAGCUGCACGUGAAGCACAACCACCUGGAGAACCAGGGCAAAGUGCACAAGUGCAUCUUCUGCGGUGAGUCCUUUGGCACGGAGGUGGAGCUGCAGUGCCACAUCACCACGCACAGCAAGAAGUACAACUGCAAGUUCUGCAGCAAAGCCUUCCACGCCAUCAUCCUGCUGGAGAAGCACUUGCGGGAAAAGCACUGCGUGUUUGAGACCAAGGCGCCCAACUGUGGGGCCAACGGUGCAUCAGAGCAAGUGCAGAAGGAGGAGGUGGAGCUCCAGACCUUGCUGACCAACAGCCAGGAGUCCCACAACAGCCACGACGGGAGUGAGGAGGACGUGGACACCUCGGAGCCCAUGUACGGGUGUGACAUUUGCGGAGCCGCCUACACCAUGGAGACCCUGCUGCAGAACCACCAGCUGCGGGACCACAACAUCAGGCCCGGAGAAAGCGCCAUCGUGAAGAAAAAAGCCGAGCUCAUUAAAGGGAAUUAUAAGUGCAACGUGUGCUCGCGAACCUUCUUCUCCGAGAACGGCCUCCGGGAGCACAUGCAAACCCACUUGGGACCUGUCAAACACUACAUGUGCCCCAUCUGCGGGGAGCGCUUCCCCUCCCUCCUGACGCUCACGGAACACAAGGUCACUCACAGCAAGAGUCUGGACACAGGCAACUGCAGGAUUUGCAAGAUGCCUCUCCAGAGUGAAGAGGAGUUCUUAGAGCAUUGCCAAAUGCACCCUGACUUGAGAAACUCCCUAACGGGAUUUCGCUGCGUGGUUUGCAUGCAGACAGUGACUUCGACCUUGGAACUGAAAAUCCACGGGACAUUCCACAUGCAAAAGACAGGGAAUGGGUCUUCUGUGCAAACCACAGGGCGUGGCCAGCACGUCCCAAAACUGUACAAGUGCGCCUCUUGCCUCAAAGAAUUCCGUUCCAAGCAAGAUCUGGUGAAACUUGACAUCAAUGGCCUGCCGUAUGGUCUGUGUGCUGGCUGUGUGAAUCUCAGUAAGAGCGGGAGCCCGGGCAUCGCCGGUCCUCCUGGCACCAAUAGACCAGGCCUGGGCCAGAGUGAGACUCUGAGCACCCUAGAGGGAAAAGGCAAGGCCGGGGGACUAAAGACGCGCUGCUCGAGUUGCAAUGUCAAAUUCGAAUCAGAAAGUGAACUCCAGAACCACGUCCAAACAGUUCACAGGGACCUCAUGCCGGAUGGCAACAGCACGCAGUUGAAAACGCCACAAGUGUCACCCAUGCCCCGAAUCAGCCCCUCCCAGUCGGAUGAGAAGAAGACCUACCAGUGCAUCAAGUGUCAGAUGGUUUUCUACAAUGAGUGGGAUAUUCAGGUUCAUGUUGCAAAUCACAUGAUUGAUGAAGGACUGAACCAUGAGUGCAAACUCUGCAGCCAAACCUUUGACUCCCCCGCCAAACUCCAGUGCCACCUGAUAGAGCACAGCUUCGAAGGGAUGGGAGGCACCUUCAAGUGUCCAGUCUGCUUCACAGUAUUUGUUCAAGCAAACAAGUUGCAGCAGCAUAUUUUCUCUGCCCAUGGACAAGAAGACAAGAUCUAUGACUGUACACAAUGCCCACAGAAGUUUUUCUUCCAAACAGAGCUGCAGAAUCAUACAAUGACCCAGCACAGCAGCUAGUGCAAGGACCACCUCUCAAGGAGAAUGACUCUUGUGGCACAAAAAGGGAACAUGUUUUACUCUUUGCACGAAACUUCCAUUGUUAAUGUAUAUUAUUCAGAAACAUUGUAUUGUACCAUAAAACUUGUAUUAUCAAAACUGUUGGAUGUUCAUGUGUUUGAACUUUGAGCACCGGAUAGACUCCUUGUAUAUAAAGUGUUGCACAUGUAUUAUGUCGUCUGAUACUAAAACGGUCUUAUAAAGACAAGUGGACUUGGGCCCUAUUCAAGCAAGAUUUUUAAAAAGGGGGAGGAUGAAUGGAAAAAAAGGCUUAAGAGAAAGUAUUUUCAAGGAAGACAGAUUAAAAAACAACUGUUACCCCUGAUGCAACAAUGUUUGGACUGCCUUUUAUUUACACUUAAGCCUAGAAUUUCUCUUUUGGUAUAUCAUCGAUUGAACCCAAGACUAUUUUUUAUUGCUGAAGAUUCUUGCAAACCAUGGAGAGAUGUUCUCACAGAGCUGCAACCCACAGCUGGAUAAGGCCCGUAUAGAUAUAUUUGUAAGCCUUGCGACGUGACAGGUAGCAUCACCAUAAAUAUGCAAUAGUUGUUAUGUAGACUGUCAAAGAUUUUUUUUUUCCUGGAUACAUUUGAAGCUUUGAGUGUUCAAGGUUUUCCUUAAUGAUUUCACAACAGCCAAAUUCUUGAAUCAGUUGAACUAACCCGUAUGUUACUGUUAUUAAUGUUUACUCUGCGGUCUGAACCUGGAGAUUACUGGAAUUGUUUUUCCAAGAGGAAAUAAAUUCAGUUUACCAUUAG